UUAAGUAAAAGUGACUAGUAAUUGCAAAUCAACCUUUUAUUACACGUAAUAUGGCAAUUAAAAUUUAUCUAUUCUCAUUACAUGCUUGUUUUUGUUAAUUUAAACUUCCUGUAACCAUCGUUGUACUUAAAUGAAAAAUUCGCGUGUUUAAAUUCUGUUUUUUAUAAAUUUAAAUUUGGUUGAGUUUCUAUUAAAUUAAACAAAGAUGGAAAUUCUCAAAGAGGAUAUUUCUUUCAUUGGGAUAAAACAAUGAAUUGAUACAAUUUUAGUUCAAAUUAACGCCACGAGGGGUCAUUACUAUGCAGGUUAUUCUCCCAGCAGUCAAUAAGAUUGGGAUGAAAGUCAACUAUUUGGAUGAAUAGAACAAAGAUUGCUUAGUGUGUACAUUAAUUUGCACUCCUCGAAAUUAAGCAAACUUCUGUCGAUCUUUAUGAUGCUCACUAUUUCGUAGAAAGAUCAAUACAUGAUGUCUGUAAACUGGAUAGACAUAUUUCUAAUUGUGCUUCUAAUGAGAGAAAUUACUUGCAAUUCAGAAGCUCCGAAGAUUCAACCUUUUGUUUUACCUGAUGGAUUAAGUAUAGGAAACAAGGCGAGUAUGUCUUGUUCAGUUGUAUCUGGAGAACCACCUUUAGCAUUCUCUUGGCUAAAAAAUGGAAAAAAUAUCGAAACAAACGACAAAAUACAAAUCAGACAAUACGAAGAUGUAUCAUUUCUAUCGAUAGAACCUCUUACUCAUAACAGUAAUGGUAAUUAUACAUGUCUAGUAAAAAAUAACUUUGGAUCUGACGAAUUUACCCUUUCACUUCUAGUAAAAGCUCCACCUGAAUGGAUAAUAAAACCACAAAAUCAAGAAAUUUUUAUAGGUUCCUCGACACAAAUUAAUUGUAGAGCUAGUGGUUAUCCUCAGCCAGGAAUUGUUUGGUCUAAGAUAAACGAUGCUAGCAAAAACUUUCAAGUUAUUAGUACGAAUUCAAGAUACAAAAUAACUGAUAACGGAGACUGGAAUCUGAUCGAUGCCAAGGAAGAAGAUAGUGGUCAGUACGAAUGUAAGGCGGAUAAUGGAGUAGGAAAUCCGAUUUCCAUUGUCAUAACGUUAGCUGUACACGGUAAGAUGUAAAAUGAUACUUUAAUAAAAAAAAGGAGCAUCUUUAGAGUUUUAAGGGUUUGUUUUCUCGACUCUAAGUUAACCAUUUACUGUAUCUGAAGACAAAUUCUUCAAGUAAGACUUAAACUUUAAAAACAAUCUCGCUAAUUAGAGUACGUCUUAUUUUACAUACAUAUGUGUGUCCUAAUACAAAUUAAUUGAUUAAAAGUAUUUUUGUCUACAACGCGUUAUAGUCAAUAAUGUCAAUAAAAAAUGCAAAAUACAAUUUAACAAAUAGCAUUUGUAUAAAAUAAAUAAAACACACUGUACAUAAAAUUAUAUAAAAAAUACUUAA